AUGCAGGUUGAAACAUCUGAACAAUAAUUUGAGGAAAUAUACUAAAGUUUAUGUAAAGAUGACAGAUUUUGUUUGGACCUUCGAGUUUAGUUUGAAAAGAUUCUGAAAGUGGAAAUGGAUCGAUGCCAGGCAUAUCACGAAUUGUCAGAAUUUUUGGGUGGCCUUGCUAAAGAACCAUUUUAAGAGACUCCAGCCUUGAUGGACAUGCUGGAUGAACUAAAAUCAGCAAUCCAGGAAGUUAACUUAAAGAUUAAAGAUAGGAUAAAUGAGGAUUAAGACAAAGGAAUUGCUAAAUUGAUACGGACCAAGAUAAUCCCAAGUUUAACUGAUGGUUAAAGGGCAGUAGAGACUCAAAAGAGGGCUCUGGCUGAAUACAAGGAGAAGGCAGCUAUCUAUAAAAAAUUAGAAUAAAAGAAGAAUGACCUGUUGUAAAAGAAUGACGAAAAAUUGUUGUAAUUAGAAAAGCAGCUCUAAGAAGCAAAGAGGGAGAAACUAGAAAAGGGUUAGACUUUCAAUUUCACGUACAAGAAUUAUAUAGAAGAUAAAAAUGAUGAGUUGAAGGGUCUUUUCAAACACUUCUUUAAUAGAUUAUUGGUGAUCUCUUCGGCUGGUUUGUAAUAAUACUCGAUGGCCAUUCAUAAAAUACAUACUUCCGAUGAAAAGUAAUAAGUUUACACAAGAUUGAGUAAAUUAGGUAUUAUAAAGCAUAAAAAAUAAUGA